AUGGGGAAGGGAGACACCUUGCAAGCACCAUCCACCUCGGCCUACCGCUCUGUCAUGGAGGAAUAUGGUUACGAAGUGGGCAAAGUCAUUGGCAAUGGCUCCUAUGGGACGGUGUAUGAGGCUUACUACACAAAGCAGAAAGUCAUGGUGGCUGUCAAGAUCAUCUCAAAGAAGAAGGCCUCUGAGGACUAUCUUAACAAGUUCUUGCCCCGUGAGAUACAGGUAAUGAAGGUCCUGCGGCACAAGUAUCUCAUCAACUUCUAUCAGGCCAUCGAGACCACAUCCCGAGUGUACAUCAUUUUGGAGCUGGUUCAGGGUGGUGACGUCCUUGAGUGGAUCCAGCACUAUGGGGCCUGCUCUGAGCCCCUUGCUGGCAAGUGGUUCUCCCAGAUGACCCUGGGCAUCGCCUACCUGCACAGCAAGGGCAUCGUGCACCGCCCUCUCCUGACCCCCAGCCUUUCUGCUGCUGGUAGGGACUUAAAGUUGGAGAACCUGUUGCUGGACAAGCGGCAGAACGUGAAGAUAUCGGACUUUGGCUUCGCCAAGAUGGUGCCUUCUAGCCAGUCUGUGCGGAGUAGCCCUUCUUACCACCAAGGGAACUGCUUUAGCCACCUCAGCCAGACCUACUGUGGCAGCUUUGCUUAUGCCUGCCCGGAGGUCUUGCUAGGCCUGCCCUACAACCCUUUCCUGUCUGACACCUGGAGCAUGGGCGUUAUCCUCUACACGCUGGUGGUUGCCCGUCUGCCCUUCGAUGACACCAAUCUCAAGAAGCUGCUGAGAGAGACUCAGAAGGAGGUCGCUUUUCCACCUAACUAUGCCAUCUCCCAGGAGUGCAAGAACCUGGUCCUCCAGACACUACGCCAAGCCACCAAGCGUGCCACCAUCCUGGACAUCAUCAAGGAUCCCUGGGUGCUCAAGUUCCAGCCUGAGCAACCCACCCAUGAGAUCAGGCUGCUUGAGGCAAUGUGCCAGCCCCCCAGCACCAACUGUCACCAAUCCUUGGAAAUCAGUACCUGA